CAGUGCAUUUCAAAUACAAGUUUUGACUUUUGAAUAGGAGCACUCCUAUCAGAUUUUUCAAUAGUUGUUUCCAAAGAUGAUACUGCAAUGACAGCCUAUCACUAGCGUAUCGACAUCUAAUUAAAAACAAGUUACCCAGAAAUGACGUCAUUACCGAGAACGCGAAAGCUGACGCUAGUUUCGAUUUCAGAGAAACAGAAUCGAUUUUUAAGACAGAGGGUUCGAAUAAAUACUAUUCGGUCGAGGAGUUGGAGAGUCCAAAACUUUUUUUCUUAGACAUGGGAAAUUUAAAAGUGUUACUUUUAUGUUAUAGGUAUCAGGCUAUUAUAAUAUUUACCACUCAUUUAGUCCCUGAUGCGGUUCAAAUGCCUUAUUUCACAAUUUCACAAAUCAAUCAGAAACCCGAAUAUUACAAAAUCUGAUUAGUGCAGAUAUCCGGAUACAGCUGAGAGCCUUUCGGGCUUCAUGUAUAAAAUUUGUGCACUUGCUGUUUGUCACAUUCAGUUUGAGAUAGUGUUUCCGUAGGAGAGACGCAGGACUAGGCUGACCAAACUUGACAGAAAAAACACACAGGAAGAGAAACUGGAACAGGUCAUGAUGUCCACCCUCGGCAAACUGAAAGAAUUCCUCACGUGUGGCAUCUGUCUUGGACUGCUCAAGGAGCCGAAGAUUCUAGACUGCUUACACAGGUUUUGUGAAGCAUGCAUUCACAAGCACAUUUUGCAACAAAAUCAAGAACAGUUAAGAUACGAUCAAGGAUUCUGCUGCCCCACCUGCAGACACAAGACAGCGGUCUCCAAUUCCAAGAGAUCUCCUCAAAAAUGGGCCGCUCGCUUGCAGACCGACACUGGUUUCAAGAACCUCGUUCAGUUCGUACAAACCCAAGCUAACAUGCCGCAAGGACAGAAUGUUUUCUCUGGCUCGUAUCAUCUGUGUCCGGUCCACCCAGAUGAAAAGAACGACUUGUACUGCAAUGACUGCGCGUGCGUCAUAUGUCACUUGUGUGCAGGCACGACUCACCGGAAGUGCGCUGAGGUUGUUGUUCUGGUCAACGCCGCUAACGAGAGGCGGCUUAAGGCGCAGGAGAGCGUCCACCAUACGCUAGCCAAGCUGAAAGAAACGUUGACGUCACUGGAGUCAUGUGGUGAACGCGUCAGUGAGAUCAAAGGGCUUCGUACGAACGCUGAAGCCGCCAUCAAGGAAAGGGCAAACACUCUGAAGAAAACACUAGCCCAAGCCGAGGCGAAACUCCUGCAUGUUCUAGAUGAGCGGUGCAAGUCCAUUGAGGAAAACAUCAUAGGGCCUUUGGGCGGAUAUAAUGACAAGUUUGUCACCAUGAAAAAGAAUCUGGCCUCUCUGUCUGGAAAUCUACGGUCCAUUUCCGACCAUGAUCUGCUUUCGGGAGACGUAAUAGAAAAGGCCAAAGGGAGCGUGGACGAUGGAGAUUCUGAAAUCAAGGCCUGCGAAGCUUUGUUAGACGAACUGUCAGAUGUUAGGUUAACCUUUCAGAGUUCAAGCGGGCUCAACAUCAGUCUUGGAACUCUUGUGGCAAUCAGCGAAAGAGAAGACCCCAACAGUUUGGCAGCUCAACAAGCCAAAGGGGAAGUGGCUCUGAGCAAACUGAGAACUCUCAGAGAAGCUGUUGCCACAGGUGGAGUCACCACGGGUGACGACGGUAGCCUAGCAACGCCUGAGUCUGCUGUGAGUGUGAGUGACACCAGCCCGGCUGUGAAAGCAGCUGCUGCAAAAGGCAAGGAUGGAGAUGGGUGUGAGGACGACCUUGACUUUCAUUUUGGAGUGCAGGAAAGCGAUAAACCCACAGCGCCACUACUCAGCCGUCUAAACCAAGCCGUCAAAUUCCCUGCCUCCAAGCGUUCACACUCAGUCUACGAGUAUUUUUCCGCGCGUUCAAGAAAGCAAGUCCCUUUAACUGAAAGCCCUCCCGCUCCUUAGUUCUGCAUUGCCUCUUCCAAUCUGUAUUGUCUCUCAACAAUUCAUAAUUUUAAAAAUUGAACAAAAAUGCCUGAUCAUUUGGGAAUUAAGCUAUACAUACUCCGUAAAUAAGUCAACAUGUUUGCCAGCUGUUUUUAGGUUUGCUGAGAUUCAAAACUUUACUCUUUUUUAUUGCAAUAAAUGAUUAUUUCAAAAUUCAAAUUCUGAAUGUUGUCAAUAGCAAGGAAAGAUGCUUCCUGACUCCAAAAUGUAAAGCCAUAGGUUCGAAUUCCCCGACGUUGUGCACUUGGGAAAGACUCUUUAAGCAAAAUGGUCCUCACUUCACCCAAGUGGGAAUUAGUCGCCCCGGCUACAGACAGCGAAAUAUCUUUUCAGUUUGUUCAUGUUUGGACCCGUGCAACCCACAGCUUCCCAUGGAAGAUGACGAUGUUUCUGAGUCGUCUUCUAGUGUCCGGUUGUGCGUAAUAAUAGUUCCAAAGCGCAAAGAGCGUGUUGUAGAGCGUGGAUAUAUCCUGCAUAAAUACAGUCAUUAUUAUCGCAAUAAUCAUCAUUCUUCUUCUUCUUCUUCUUCUUCUUCUUCUUCUUCUUCUUCUUCUUCUUCUUCCAUAAUGUAGGUACACUUGUUCAAAGAAUGAAAUCGCUUGUUUUUUUCUCACCUGGCAAAAAUUUAGUUUUUGGGUUUAGAACCAUUGAACAACUUGUCAACGACAUGAAAAUAAGACAUCGUACACUCAUGAUUAUAAUCUCAACGCAAACUACACCCAACAAGCUUCUUUAUUGAUGUACAUGUUAACGGACUUUACUUACUUAUUUUACUUAUCCCUUUGUCUAUUCUUUACUAACUCACUCAGAAAAAAAAUGUGGGACUUGUCCAGCACACCGCCUGCCCCAAACGAUCAUUUUUGUUAGAAGUGUUUUUUCUUUUUUUUUCAUUUGCAGUGUUUAUUGCAGUCAUUACCUUCUGAAACAUCUUUCAACUUUCUUUGAUCGUUCAUUUCGUUUGUGUUUUGUAUAGAUUAUUUUCUCAGUGUCAUAAUAUACUGCUUCAUCAUUAACCUAUAACGCGUUAUGAAACCCUAACUUACAUAAAGCCAUAACAUUCCAUAAGAUGAUGCCACUCUUACUUGGUCACCUCUGACCCUCAGCGCAUUGGAAAGUGAUUAACGUUACCAGGUCAAUGUCCCAUCAGCUGAUGAUGCAACCAUUAUGUCACCAUUGAUCUCUGCAAAAAGGACACUGGAUGAAAACGAUUGGAAGGGUAACAAACAGAAGAGGUUGAAAGAACUGGGGAUGCCUCUACACAUGUCAAGGCACAAAGCGAGCAGGGUAUGAACUUAACGUCCUUUGCCGUUGCCAACUGAUUGGUACAAAAUGCAAUGACACCACAGGUCACUCUCUUGGAAGGAAAAGAGAGCCUACGUAUAUGCCAUGAUAAACAGGAUAGACAAAAAGAGAUCUUACUCAGCAAGUGAAAACCCAAGAAGAAAUUAGACCCUCCAACACCACUUAAAAAGAGUUAACGGUUAAAGAAUUCCUGUUUGUAAAACAAUCUUCAUGAGCAUUACAGGCCUGACCCACUGGUUUAUUUAAAGUGUCUUCUCCGAAAAAAAAAAUCAAGAGCCCCCCAAGAACACAUCAUGCCCACCACGAGAGAGCCAUGGAUGACAAGUUGUUCCAUAAAGAGACAGUUUUUGACAAACUUUCGAAUACAACACCCUGUCUGCAGAUGACAAAAAUCCAGAACACUUCGGAUCUGCACCGAGUAUACUCGGAGAAGGAAAAGGACAAGGAAGCUGCACUGAACUCAGAGAACAAAGUGUGUGUCCUUUGUAUGGAGAUCCAGUGCGUCCUUCUGGCACCAUCACAAAAGACAUCCGCCGUAUAUUAUAAAACAAAACCGGCUGUAUACAAUUUUACGAUUUCGGAUCUUGCCACCAGAGACGCCAGAUGAUAUGUCUGGGAUGAAGGUGGUCUGAGCUCCAACAGUUUCCAUCAUGUCUGACUCACUACCUGAGAUCGCAAGAGACUGACUUUAACCACUUCAUCAUCUGCAGUGAUGGGUGCAAGUACCAAAACAGAAACGCCACCCUGGUGAGUGCAAUGGCCUUGCUGGCCAAAGACUUGACAUCACAGUUGAGCAGAGAUUCUCACCAAGGGCCAUACCCAAAUGGAGGUAGAUUCAGCCCAGGGACCUAUUGAGCUAUCGCAAAAAAACGCCCUGAUUUAUAUCCUAGUGGACUACUUGAGUACCAUACUCCAAGCCAGACGCAUCCUCAGGCCUUAUGAAGUUAUGCACCUGGACCACAGCUUUCUCAAAGAUUUCCCAAAGGUCGGAGAGUACUAAACGAUCCACCGAGGGAGAAGAGCAGGAGACCCUACUGUCACUGACUUGCAGGCAUCAAACAACACUCCAGUCUUUAAACAUCUACAGGAGUUGAAGGCCAUCGUACCACAAUGCUACCACAAUUACUAUGACACUUUGCCUCUGUAAGAAGCUUUGAAAGAGAUCAAGUCAAACUCGAUUAUUGUAGAGUCUUUCAAACAAUGGUGACUUUUUGUCGUAUUGUCUUGUUAUAGCCAUAGGACACAGGGUGAGACAGACAUGCACUUCUAUAGUUGAGAAAACUCAAUAAAGUACUUGUUAUCAAGCAACGCACCU